GAACACUACAAAAAAGCAAAACUUGAUGCCCCCCACCAGACCAGUGAACUGGCUUCGUCCCGUGCUUUGGACCUCGGGCCUCACUUCUCCUCCAGAUGGACCCCAAGUGCUCCUGCCCCACUGACAGCUCCUGCAGCUGCAGUGGCUCCUGCACCUGCAAAGCCUGCAGAUGCACCUCCUGCAAAAAGAGCUGCUGCUCCUGCUGCCCCGUGGGCUGCACCAAGUAUGCCCAGGGCGGAGUCUGCAAAGGGGCCUCGGACAACUGCAGCUGCUGUGCCUGAUGUUGUGGAGAGCCUGCCCCGGGUGUCAAGAGAGCAACCAGGACAAACCUGCAUUUUACCAUU